CGCACCCUGAUUUUUCCGGGGAAAUCAAAAAUGUGUCUCGAGGCCUUCCGAUUGGAAGACUAAAGAAAAAGUAGAAGAUACAUAACGUCAUGUGUUGUACACGAUCCUGAUGGAGAAUGAGGAACGAGAAAAAGUUAGAACAGGCCAAGGGGCUGACUUGGAAAUAGAUGAAGGUCUCCCCACCAUUGUAAUCGAGGAGACGAAAAAUGUGGCACCGGACGGCGGGUGGGGUUGGUGUAUUGUCUUUGGGAGUUUUCUGUGUCACUUUAUCAUUGGGGGACUGGAGCGGUCCUCUGGUCUGUUGUACCUCUACUUCCUGGACAGGUUUCAGAAAUCUGCUGCUGCAACGGCGUGGGCCACAGCCAUUCCUUCCGCAGUCAGACUAAUGUUGGGGCCCCUGUGUAGCUUCCUUUGUAACAAGUUUUCCUGUCGAGCGGUGGUGAUAACAGGGUCCAUUAUCUUAACCGCCACGCUCAUCAUGACAGCAUAUGCACCAACCCUAGAAGUGGUACUCUUCACAUUCGGAUUUUUAGGAGGUUUCGGACGUAGUUUGGCAUAUGCCCCCGCCGUUAUGAUAGUGGGAAUUUACUUCAACAAAAGACGAGGUAUUGCAAUCGGACUCUCUACGUCUGGGGUAGGAUUCGGAUCGUUCGUCAUCCCAGCGCUUAUAGAACUUUCAUUCCACUUUUACGCUUUUACCGGGGGAUUUUACAUUUUGGCGUGUUUUGCUAUACAUAUAUGUAUUAGCGGUAUGCUGUUUCGACCACUGGAAAGACAACGUUUACUAAUGGCUUUUGACAAAAGGAGAAAAAGUAUAAUGGACGGUACCAAAGUUCCACUGAGAGACACCAAUGCGUUAGCAUCUCACGAGAGUUUAAACGAGAAUUCCAACGAGAAUAACCCCAAGUUCAAAUCUGACAACUCAGGGUACAAGGAAUCCGAAAACGAAAGCACGGUCGUUCUAAAGAGAAAAACCAUCGAUGUUAUUAGAGAAGACGCAUCACUGCUUGAUAAUGGAGAAAAAUGUGUGUCGUUACAGAAUGGAACUGUGGCAGAGAAGAAUGGAAAAUGUUGUGCUUUCCUUAGAACAGAGUCAAAAUCUACGGGGUCAAAACAGAAGUACCUAGAACUUUCGCUUUUAAAAGAUUUCCGUUUUUUAUGUUUCUGUCUAUCUAUUUUGUUGUUCACGCUUGCCUUCCAGUCUGCCUUUGUGUUUCUCCCAGCGUACGGCAAACAGAUGGGUGCAACAGAUAUGGAGGCCGCAACUCUCGUGAUCAUCACCGGAGCCUUAGACGGAGUGGGAAGAGUGCUCUCUGGAAUUAUUUUAGAUCUGAAGAACGUUAAACGAUUCCGAGUCUAUGUAUACAAUGGUGUCAUGUUUCUGGUAGGGGGUAUUUCCUUCAUAAUUCCGUUUGUCCCGACCUACACUCAUCUGUGCGUGGUCUGCGGUGUGUAUGGGAUACUUAUAGGUACAUAUAUCUCCCAGAAAUCGGUCAUACUAAUUGACCUGCUAGGAGCGGGGAAACUCAUCAACUCCUUCGGGCUCCUGAUCAGCUUUCAGGGUGUCGGGAUGCUUAUAGGGCCACCCUUCUCAGGUUUCCUGAAAGACAUUGAUGGACGGUAUGAAAACGCUUUCUACGUGGGAGGCAGUUCCAUGUUUUUCGGUGCUGUUAUUUUAUUGGUGUCAAAUCUUCGACACUGGAUGAUGUCAAAGAAAAGGCACCUGUGUAGCUUCCUUUGUAACAAGUUUUCUUGUCGAGUGGUGGUGAUAACAGGGUCCAUUAUCUUAACCGCCACGCUCAUCAUGACAGCAUAUGCACCAAACCUAGAAGUGGUACUCUUCACAUUCGGAUUUUUAGGAGGUUUCGGGCGUAGUUUGGCAUAUGCCCCCGCCGUUAUGAUAGUGGGAAUUUACUUCAACAAAAGACGAGGUAUUGCAGUCGGACUCUCUACGUCUGGGGUAGGAUUCGGAUCGUUCGUCAUACCAGCGCUUGUAGAACUGGCAUUCCACUUUUACCGGGUUUUUUUUGUUUUUUUGUUUUUUGUUUUUUAUAUUUUGGCGUGUUUUGCUGUACAUGUAUGUAUUAGCAGUAUGCUCUUUCGACCAAUGGAAAGACAACGUUUACUAAUGGCUUUUGACUAAAGGCAAGAUAUAUAUAUAUAUAUAUAUAUAUAUAUAUAUAUAGCACAGAAAAUUUCACUUCUUUUGGAUACCCACUUCCGCCCCUACUCGCGGUUGAACUCACGACCUGAGGAACCAAAUCUCCUAGCAGCAUGUAACAAGCGCGCUAGACCGCUCGACCAUCUAGGGAAGUCUGAAAAACUUGUUUUCGAUGACGAUGGAAUUCUCACCACGCUGUCACACGCUACACGGUCAUUGAGAAUGGAAAUGGGAUACAGUUAUUUAACGUACAUUUAAGAGGAUCGUACAUAAUACACAUUGCAUUCGAAAUAUUUAUAUAUAAAGCACAGAAAUAGCAAUGAACUCUUAAAUGAACAUAACUGCCCCUAAGUGAAGAAAUAUUUAAUAUAAAGCACAGAAAAUUUCACUUCUUUUGGAUACCCACUUCCGCCCCUACCCGGGGUUGAACUCCCGACCUGCGGAACCAAAUCCCCUAGCAA